AGUCCGGAUGGGACCGAAUCCAUCUCUGUUCAUCUUUAUUCACUUUACUCUUUACGCCUGAAUGUAAUUGUAUAGAUCUAUAGAUCCAAUAAAUCCAUAUCUGCUUCUGUUCGAUCUCCUUUGUUUUCAUGAAUCUUGUCUAGCUUGUAUUUUCGAUCUCCUUUGUUUUCGUGAAUCCUAUCUAACUUGUAUUUUCACCAAAAUCGGUCACAAAGUUGAUUGCUUAGAAUGGCAGAAGUUGCAGUCUUCGGAGCAAUAACUCUAGUUGAUAAGUUGUCACUGUGGCUCGUCGAAAGUUGGUUUGACUUCAAGCGUAUUGAGAUUGAAAUUGAAGAGCUAAGAAAAUGGUUGAAUACUAUAAAAGUUUACCUGGAGGACACAGAAGGAAGAGAAGAUACCGAGGGUUUGAAGCUUCGAUCGUAUGUGCGGGAUUUAGCCUUUGAAAUUCAGGAUGUAAUUGAAGAUCUCAUGUAUGAAGCUACUGAACGCCCCCGUCAUCUUCGUCAGGCCAUCAAAUUUAUUUAUGCGAGCAUGUUUUGUCCAUCAAAGCGAUUUUCCUCCCGAAUGAAAGCGAUCAAGUGCAAAAUUAGAAGCAUCGAUGCACUUUGCAUUUGUCCCCCCCACGUUCGUACGGUAAGAUCAAGUUCCAAUUUAUUUUUGGGGGAUGAACAUCAUGUGGGCAUUGAGAAGCAUAUAAAGCCUCUUCUUAGUCUUGUUUGCCUUGAAGAUUCAAGUGAUAAGGUAAUUUCAGUAAUUGGAGAUGCUGGCUCAGGUAAAACAACUCUUAUUAGCGAAGUUUACCAUAUUUUGAAUUCAAAUUUUAAUUGCAAAGCUUGGGUUUCCGUCUCACGCUCUUCUGAUGGCUUGUUAGAGAAACUUUGUGAGGCACUGGAAUUACCUCACAAAAUAAAUAAGUUGCGCUCUUGUUUACAACAUAAAAGGUACCUCCUUGUUUUAGAUGAUAUUUGGAAUGAGAAUGAGUGGAAUUGGAUUAAAAAUGUGCUUCCUUCUAAUAAUACUGGUAGUAGAAUAAUCAUCACCACACGUAAACGCAGUUUAGGUUCUUAUUGUGCUAGUUCCAGUCAUUAUAUCUAUGAUCUCAACCUUCAUCCAUUAACAUGCGAAGAGGCUUGGGAGCUCUUUUGUGAUAAGGCCUUCCAGGAUGGUAAAUGCCCGGAUUUUUUGGUUGAUUGGUCUGUGAAAAUUGUAAAAAGAUGUGAAGGAUUGCCGCAUGCAAUUGUUACUAUUGGAAAAUUCUUGUCAAAUAAGCAACAAAGCAUGAUGGAGUUUAGGAAGGUCCAUGAUUCCCUUCAAUAUGAACCAGAUAAUCCUUUUAGUCACUCUUUCUAUAGAAUUUUAUGGCCAAGUUAUUAUCGUCUUCCGCCCAAUCUCAAGUCUUGUUUCUUGUACUUUGGCCUUUUUCCUGAGGAUUACUCUAUCAAAUGUGGAAGAAUAAUUCGCCUGUGGGUAGCUGAGGGAUUCAUUGAACAAAAACGAGGUAAAACUCUAGAGCAAGUGGCGUAUGAGUACUUAGAUGAGCUAAUUCAAAUGAGCUUGGUUCAAGUGAGCAGAUGGGAUUUAGAUGGACAAGUAAGGAGUUGUCGAGUUUCUAAUCUUGUAAGAGGGUUCAUUCUUUCCGAGACUAUGAAGGACAACUUCUUUACUGUUGUGAGCAGACAACACACCAGUUUGGGGGGUGAGAAGAUCCGGCGCUUAUCUCUCCACAAUUGCUCCCCCUCUAUAUUACAAAGCAAGGACCUCUCUUAUCUUCGUACAUUUUCUCUGUUUGGGGGAGACAAUCGAAUUGAAUCAUUUCCCAGAAGUUUUUUCAGAAAGGUCAGGUUGUUGACAGUUUUAGAUUUGGAAAAUUCAGCCUUGCAUCAUUUUCCUGAAGAAGCUGUCAAACUCAACCUCCUAACGUACCUAAGUCUGAGGAAUACAAAGAUAGAUUCAGUUCCAAAAUCUAUUAAGAAGCUUCAAAACUUAAUCAUUUUGGACCUUAAAGAAACUCUUGUCACCAUUUUCCCAAUGGAGAUCGUUAAACUUCAUAAGUUGCUCUUUUUGUUUGUUGGUGGCCGAGGCACAUAUCAGGCUGCUGUAGGGGCACAAGUGUCUUCAGGAAUUGGGUGUUUGACAAUGUUAGAGAAACUAUCACUUAUCAAGGCAAACAACAAGAACCAGAGCAUUGUAAAAGAGUUAGGGAACUUGAUUCAUAUGAGGGAACUUGGGAUCACAGAACUCAAGGUUGAAGAUGGAAAAAAUUUGUGUGCAUCCAUUGAGAAGAUGGAGCAUCUUUGCUCUUUGUAUGUGAACUCAGCAAGCCAGGAGGAGUAUCUUGAUUUGAAUUAUGUGACGAACUCUCCUCAACUGAUUAAUAGUCUAAUUCUUGGAGGGAGGUUGGAGGAAAUUCCAGCAUGGAUUGGUAAACUUAACAGUUUGUCUAAAAUACAGCUCAAAUGGUCAAAAUUGCAGAGCAGCCCACUCGAGGCCCUUCAGGCUUUGCCUUCACUAAAGGAGCUUCAUCUGUAUGAUGCUUACACUGGUACGGUGAUGGAAUUUAGUGCUGAAUGCUUUUCAGAAUUGAAGAUGUUAGAAAUUGAACAAUGCAAUAGGUUAAACAAGGUUGUGAUUCAAGAACGAGCAUUGCCUAAACUUCAAAAGCUGACAAUAAAAAAAUGUGAUAGCUUGGUCAUGGUGCACAUAACAAAGAAUUUGCUCAGCCAGCUGGAGGAAGUGCUUGUUCCACAAGACCUUAUUAGUAUGAUAAAAGGAUGAGAGGCGUUGUCGUUGAAGCACCUCUUUGAUAUAAAGCUUUGAGGGAAGAAUUGAUUCGUGGAGUUGCAGAGGCUGGUUUAUUAGCUAUUUCUGUAAUGCUUGGAAUUUUCAUUGUACUUGGAGACUUUUGGUCAUUAGAGAUUGUUAUCAUGGUAAUUGCUACAUGGAAUCGCUAAGAAAAAAAAGAAGGAAAAGAAAAAUGAGAGUUAGACUUAUAUGUAUAAUAGACAUGUUAUGGUGAGGAUAGUUUGUUUCAUUUUUUUUAAAAAAAUUAAGUAC